AUGGAAACAACAAAAAUUAUUUUGGUUCUCAUGAGCCUUUCAGCUUUUGUCUCAUGUUGCAUGAAACCUUGUCCAAAAAUUUUGCAACCAAUUUGUGGAAGAAUUGUCGGUUCAACACUUCCAGAUGGCACUCAAAGUUUUGAGAAUUUGUGUUUAAUGGAAAAUUAUAAUUGUGAGAAUCCUUCGAAACAAUACGAAAAGAUUGGUAAUGGCGAAUGUGAUCAAUUAGAUCUUCUCAAACAUGUUAACUGA